AUGUCGUUUUUCGAUUUCUCAAAACCAAAGAUGUUCGAUGUGAAGAAGCGCAUCGGUGCAUUUGAAAAGUUUGAGGAUGCAGAUAGCAUGCCAGUCAUACUUACAGAGUCAUGGGUUGAGUUGGCACCAAGUAGGACGAGCUUGUGUAGCAGUGUAGACGCAUCGAUGCUUGAUGAGCACAGGGAUAAAGACUCGAGGCUAAGCCCUGUCUCUCUACAAUCUCCACAUGUGGAAUUCGAUAACCUUGAGCAAGUGAAGUAUAGGCUCGUGCGCGAUAUGUUGCCUCCUGGUAAGAACACCGAUUGGAUGUGGGACUGGAGUAGCAGACCUGAGGCUUAUCCACCGAAAUGUGUGCGUAUAAGGCAGUAUGGUUCAAAUCUCACCACUCCGCCGAACUCGCCUGAGCACGAAUUGAUGACCGUGUUUGCUUAUGAUGUCGAACCAAAGUCUGUAUCAUUUCAAGUGGUUGUCGGCUUCAUCGUUUCCAACAUUGUAACAUUCGUCAUCGGAGCCGCCAUUGGGUAA